ACAAAAGUGUCUUAUUCUAUAUUUCUCUCAAGAGUAAAGUUCAGAAGAAUCAGAUUAAUUCCAUAAAAGUGCGCUAAGACUUAAACGUAUUGUCGCAUUCAGCCGAAACGGAGCGACUUUAAUAAUUCGUCAUUAUUGGAUAGUGACUGUCCGUGUCUGAAACUAAAAGUCUAUUAUACGAGAUGGACGUCGACGAAUACAGGAUUAGGGGGAAAGAAAUGGUCGACUACAUCGCCGAUUAUUUAUCGGGGAUCCGAGAUAGGCGAGUAUUUCCCGACAAGAAGCCCGGAUUCAUGCACGACAUUCUUCCGGACAGUGCGCCGGUAGAAGGUGAAAGUUGGAAGGAUAUUUUUAAAGAUGUCGAAGGUAUCAUCAUGCCCGGUAUCACCCACUGGCAGAGUCCUCAUAUGCAUGCGUAUUUUCCCGCGCUCAACAGUUAUCCUUCACUUCUUGGAGACAUGUUGGCCGAUGCCAUCAACUGUAUUUGCUUCACCUGGGCAUCGAGUCCGGCUGGUACUGAAUUAGAGACCAUUGUGAUGAAUUGGUUAGGCAAGAUGAUUGGACUUCCAGACGAGUUUCUGCAUACCAGGAAGGAUUCAACUGGCGGUGGAGUGAUACAAACGACGGCAAGUGAAGCAACGCUGAUUUCUCUCUUGGCUGGAAGAACGCAAGCAAUCAAGCAAUAUCAGAAACACUAUCCGGACCUGGAGGAUGCAGAGAUCAACGCCCGUCUGGUGGGUUACUGUUCCGACCAAGCGCACUCCAGCGUUGAGAAGGCAGGAAUCAUAGGGCUGGUGAAGAUUAGAUACGUCCCGUCCGACGAGAACCUCUCUAUGCGCGGUCCGAAGCUCCAGGAGACAAUCAAGAAGGACCGAGAGAUGGGCUUAAUUCCGUUCUGGGUUUGUAAUACUUUGGGAACAACAGGUUCGUGUGCUUUCGAUAAUUUAGAAGAAGUCGCACAGGUCUGCGACACUGAGAAUCUGUGGUUGCACAUAGAUGCCGCCUAUGCCGGAAGUGCUUUCAUAUGUCCGGAGUUUAGGGGUUGGUUGAAGGGCAUCGAAUAUGCCGAUUCGUUCGCAUUCAAUCCUUCCAAAUGGCUUAUGAUUCAUUUUGAUUGCACUGCGAUGUGGGUGAAAAAUAGUAAUGCGUUACAUAGAACGUUCAACGUUGACCCACUAUAUUUGAAACACGACAAUUCAGGCUUAGCUAUCGACUACAUGCAUUGGCAAAUUCCUCUUAGCAAACGUUUCAGAGCGCUGAAACUUUGGUUCGUCAUCCGAAACUAUGGGAUUAUGGGUUUGCAAAAGCACAUUAGAGAAGGUGUACGUUACGCCCAAAAAUUCGAGGCUCUGGUUUUGGCCGAUCCAAGAUUCGAGAUACCCGCUGCUAGACACCUUGGUCUUGUAGUGUUCCGUCUGAAAGGAGAGAACACAUCGACGGAGAAGCUCCUGAAGAGGUUGAACUCACGUGGGAAUCUUCAUUGCGUACCGGCAGCGCUCAAAGAUAAAUACGUCAUCAGAUUUACAGUGACGUCCCAAUACACUACCAACGAGGACAUCAUUAAGGACUGGAAGGAGAUCAAAUUUGUUGCCAACGAGAUUCUGCAAGAUGCCGAACAGCAGAUGAUAGCUCCGACUAGAGUGAAAGUACCUCUGAAAGAAACGAAAGUGAAAAAUGAAAAUUUUGGAACCAGCUUGCUUCUGGCCAACUCGCCGAUGUCGCCUAAAAUCGUCAACGGCAGUUUUGCAGGCAUCUACGAUCAGGGCGAAGUCUUGGCUGAGUAUUCCAAGAGUUUCGGCCAAUUCAGACUAGCCGCACCUAGUAGUCCUUACAUGAGACGCAGGAUUAAGGGAAUCCUAAUGUCCGGGAAACAGUUCUCGCUCGAUUCGCAUUUGGAUAUGUACCAAGGUAUAGAACCUGACUCUUCGAAAAGACCGAACUCAGAACCGGAAAACUUAAAGUGCAAGCCUCUAUUGGAAGAUAACGACGAGGACGAAUACAGUUCAAGUGAGGGAGAAUCACCAAACAAUGGUUUCUUGAAUGUACCGAUAAGAGUUGGCAAGCACAGAAGAUCCAAAUCCGUGGAUCACCAAGCGCCGAUAGCCGCGAUUCAAGAGAAAUGCGCCAAAUGCGGUCACGAUCUAAUUGAAUAUUAAAAUAAUGUAUGUCGUAUAUGAGAAAUCUAGUCAAAAGUUUGUGUUUUUUCGGUGUCAUGUAACUUAUGUAAACUGCUGUGCGACGCAAUAAAAGUAUCUCUAAUCAUGUAAGCAUAUUUUCAGCUACUUUGGUUGCCUAACGUGGUAGUAUCUAUGUAUGUAAGAAUGCGCAAUACGUUAAUGCCAAAUAGCCAAAUAGCUUAUAUUAAUCAUCGAUAAUAAGUCUAGUUGUAGUUAAAUAAAGUGUGUUGCAAAUUAUGUUGUAUUUCUGUUGUCAUAAUGUUAUCCUUAUUAUCAAAAUAUAAAU